AUGGCCAUGGUACAGAAACACGCCGUCCUCGCGCCGACACCUUCCCCGGAGGAGACGCAGCAGCCCGAGGUCGAGCGCGCAACCGCCGGCGACGCACCGGCCCUCGCGUCCGUCUUCAGGGACGCCUUUGCCGCCACCGACGACGCCCUGGUGCGCAUGUUCCCCCCGGGCGUCGGCGACGAGUACCAGCGCCGGGCGUGGGCGCGGUUCGUGCGCUGGGGGGAGCCGCCGCGCCCUGCAGGGACCACAGCCGGGAGCCAAGAUGGGUGUGAAGCGGACGAUGGGGUGGUCAACGUGGACGGGCUGGAGUCGGACGAGAAGCUGCAGCUGCUGCAGCAGCACGGGGACCGGAGCAUCAAGGCAGACGAGUGCAACGUCUUUGUGAUCCGGGACGACGCCGCAGGACAAGGCGGCGUGCAAUCGGCCGCCCUGGUGUGGGUCAUCGGCCCCGGCGACGGCGGCGUCCGGCCGUGGCGCCAGCGCUGGCCGCCCGCCGCGCCGGGCAUGGCCGCCGCCGAGUGGGUCUCGUUCCAGCGGGGCAUGGCGGCACAGCACGACGCGGCCAUGGGGUCCGAGCCGCACGUCUACCUCGAAAUCAUCAUGACGCACUCGUCGGCCCGGCGCCGCGGCCACGCCUCGGCCCUCCUCCGCGCCGCCUGCGCCGCCGCCGACCGCCGCCGCUGCCCGCUGUACCUCGACGCCCAGCCCGCCGCCAUGGGCCUCUACGCGCGCCACGGCUUCGCGCCGCGCGACGACCUGCGCGGUGCCGGAGCCGCCGACCAGGCCACGCCGACAUGCCCCAUGGUCCGCCCGCCGCCUCGGCGCUCCUUCGUCUGA